GAGAGUUGAGUUGUGCCCCUUUCUCCAAAUGUUCAAAUACAAAUACACAACACACGAGUCUCAUUCCGUGAGUCUGCUGCCUGCUGUGCACUGACUUGUCAGCUUAUUGUGUUCCCCACACUUUCAAAUAAUUCUUACUUUCCUUAAAUUGUUUGCCAGAAGGUAAACACGGGCAGUUACGUGAUUUCUGACAUAAACAUGCAUUUAUUGUAAGGCAACGUUCAUGUCCUUUCUGUACAGAUAGCAUGUGUAUUACGUUGUUAUUGUAUUAAUAGCAAUAGAUAAAAACACUGACCUAUUUAUAUUUUAUUAGGCUACUAUGCAAGCAAGGAGACUAGACCAAUAAGUGCAAUGUCUAACAUAGGGUUUUCGAUAGUUAAUCAUUAUCAUGAUAGAAAUCUCCACUCCACCAAAUGAUAAGAAUUGGCAUCUUUAUUUUUAAUUUGCGGUCGUUAAAGUUGAGGCGGAGCCAAAGUAGACAAUAAUCUAAGACGGACUUCAUUUUCACUUCUCCGACUCUAACAUUCUCUCCAUACAUCAAGCAACCACAAACUGGUUCGGCAGGGGUGGGUGAUAAAGCCACGCAGCAAGCUCUUUUCUAAGACUCGAGUCUGGACCAGGAAUGCGAUACAAUCCUUGUUUGGAAUACGUUUCGAGAGAAGGACUAAGAACUAGCAACACCCUAAAAUGAAACUAUGGACGGAUUAGGUUCAGGAAGAAUCUCAAAUGUGCCGUAAAACUGUCUCUUAGGAAUCAGUAUGGCACACCGCUCUCAGUGUUCCUCUGCCGGGGAUGACCCCAUGGACCCCAACUACCUGCCUCCCCACUACCGCGAGGAGUACCGGCUGGCCAUUGACGCACUUGUGGAGGAUGACGUUGAGGGCUAUUAUGAAUUUCUCCAGCAUGCAGAUAUGGUUGACUUUCUUUCCAAUCAGGAAAUUGAGCACAUUAGGCGCACAGUGCAAGUUCCAUACCAAUAUAGUCAGCCUGACCUCCCAUAUGUGCAGUCUGUGGCAGAUGGCUCUUCGGACACUUACUGGCCAGUCCACUCUGACUUGGAUGUACCCGGUCUUGACCUUGGCUGGCCCCAACAACAUCAUGUCAUAGGCCCCACUGAGGUCACCACACUGGUUAACCCGUCUGAGACAGAUAUGCCCAGUAUCAAGGAGCAGGCUCGUCGACUUAUCAAGAAUGCUCAACAAGUGAUCGCUGUGGUAAUGGACAUAUUUACUGAUGUGGACAUCUUCUCUGAUAUUCUGGAUGCUGCCAUGCGACAUGUUGCUGUAUAUAUCAUAUUAGAUGAACAUAAUUCACACGACUUCGUUUCUAUGGCAUCCAACUGCCGAGUCAAUCUCAAGAACAUUGAUUGCAUGCGUGUUAGGACUGUGUCAGGUGUCACCUAUCGCUGUCGAUCUGGGAAAUCCUUCAAGGGUCAGAUGAUGGAUCGCUUUUUGCUGACAGACUGCAGGGCAGUCCUGAGUGGAAACUACAGAUGCCGCCUUAACCAGGGAACAGAAGGAUGAGUGUGAAGAAAGACCAUUGCACAUUUUCCUCUAGAAUUUGUCCUUUAACAAGGCUUAUGUUAGUAAUUUCCCAAAACUCUAAAAUUACAAUUUGGAGACAGCAUGCUAAUCAAGAGAUAUUAUUCUCAGGUUUGUUAGAUGGACUAUUUAUUUUCUACAUUUAAAGGAUUAUAUUUUUUGUGAACAUCAAUUGAAACUCAGUUUCCCAAAUUGGACUGUUGUAUAAGCAACCAAAGACUAUAUAGUGUGGACAACGAACAAAUAGACAGUGGAUCAACAAGGUUGGACUGAAACAUCCAAACUCAUCUGCUUAAUGCGCAGCAAAAUAUGCUAUAUAUUUGAAAAGGUUUAUGUUCAUUGACACCCUGGACACAGGUAUUGCUGAUUUUACGUAUAGGUCAAGUGCUAUGUUAAUUUUGUCAGAACCUGGGUGAUUUGUGAUCUGUCUGAGAAUGUAUUUAACAUACCAACAGCCAUUUUCAAAGCCUGACACAAUCACCACAAAUCACCAAAGAGAUUUUAAUAAUCAAGAACAGUGGACAUAUAGCUUUAAAAUAGUUAAUGGACCACCUUACGUCUUUAAGAGAAUGCCUUUUACAGUUAGUACUUAUGAGAAGUGCUAGAUGAAUCAAAUAAAUGCAUGAAUAAAAACAUCCAUACACGGUAAAUGAAUUACUGUAUUCUGAACUUUUAAAUGAAUAACAUAUAUAGAACAUACAGUAUCUCACAAAAGUGAGUACACCCCUCACAUUUUUGUAAAUAUU